AUGGACUUUGCACCGGCACCGGCAGUCAAGUCUGCCCUCGGCGACAAGGACGUGAACGCUGCCAUCACGGCCAAUGCCGGCAACACGGACGGCGGCAAGGACAUCAGGAGCAUGGAGUACCACCGCCAGGUACUGCAGUCCAAGAUGCAAGCCGAGGGCCCCAAGCAAUACGUUUCGCCGUCCGACAACAUCAUGAGCCCCUGCACGGCGAAGCUCAAGGCCCUGCGCACGAAGCAGGCUGUCAAGGCCAAGCCCAAGUCCCUGUUCGCCCAAGCAUCUGCGCGUAAGAUGAUGGAGGGCGGCAGCAGCUCGAGCAGCUCGCCGUUUGACUCCGAGUAG